CUGGAGGGAGGGGGGCACGGGCCCUUAUCCCCCCGCCGCUAUAGCCGCCACUUGAGCUUGUCUAAAAGGUCACAGCUCAAAGAUUAACUUCGGACCAAAAACUGACCUAAACAUGUUUAUGAACCGCACAUGACCUCAAAUAAUCCAAACAGGUUUAAGAUAAAUAUAUCCGUGACCAACUAUUAAUGAAGUAUAGGUUGUAAACUGUAACCCAUUUCACCAAUAUAUCCUGUUCUCAAUUGGCCAAUCAAACGUUUACUGUGAUCAGGAACGCAUGAAAGAGAACGUGUUAAUCCAUGCAUAGCACGCUUUGCCUAGCUAUAUUGAUUAUACUUAUGCUAUUAGAAAUCAUGUGCUGUAUCUAGCAUACGAGUAUGAACAAAAUUGGCUGUGUGUUAUAAAUAAACAUAAAUGCCUGAGCUGUGUAACCUAAUAAUUUAAGAAAAUGACGGAAGGCUACUUCGUACCCGACGGAAGUUGGGGGUGGGUCAUUGUUGGAGCUUCGUUGAUAUUUAAUAUAAUAUACGAUGGAUGCAGCUACUCUUUUGGAAUUUUGUACGAGCAUUUCCUUAAGGACUUUAAAAAAUCAAAAAGUAACACAGCGUGGAUAGGAUCUCUGUUCUUCUCUAUGCCAUUGUUAUGUGGCCCACUAGCUUCUGUAAUAUCAAGAAAAUUUGGAUAUAGAAACUCAACAAUGUUUGGUGGAUUAAUUGCUUUCAUUGGAUUUUUCCUCGGUACAUUUUCAAGUUCAGUGUUAAUGUUAACACUUAGCUAUGGCCUUCUUUCCGGAAUUGGAAUGUCACUGCCGUAUUUCAACUCAGUUGUCAUUGUCGCCAAUUACUUCAACAAACGCCGAGCUCUGGCAAUAGGAAUAGCCGAAUCAGGAUCUGGUUUAGGAACCGUAAUAUUUGCACCGUUGACGUAUACACUGAUUUCAAAGUUUGGCUGGAGAGGAAGUUUACUAAUUCUCAGUGGCAUUGUUGCAAAUAUUAUAGUAUGUGGUGCACUCUAUCGACCACUAGAGUCGAUAGAAAUGACUUUGUCAAUUACAGAGAGCAGUGAUAAAGAAUUGUCUGACCAAAUACCGGAAGGUAUAAACGUCAUCGAUGAUAAACGCAAGGUAACUGACAGUGAUGAAAAACUUUUGGAAAAGAAUAUUCCUCAUGAAAACUGUAAGAAUCCCGCGACAACACUUUCAAGAAGCUUAAAUUCGUUAGUCUCCCGUCAGAUUGAAAAGCAGUCUCAACGUUGCGGUUGUAUACACCCUUUACUUGGGUUAUUCAAAAACGUGCCGUUGUUGUUAUUCUCAGUGUCAAUUUUUGUUAUGUAUUUUUGGUAUGAUGUGCCAUAUGUAUUUCUUGUCGGGAAGUCGCAGAGUGUCGGCAUACAAGAGUCGAGCGCAGCUUUCUUGAUCUCGCUUAUUGGUAUUGUUCAUAUGGGAGGAAUUCUUUUAUAUGGCUGCCUAGGAGACAGAGAGUAUGUUAGUACGUCACUUCUGUAUGGUGUUUCUAUUUUUGUAUGUGGCAUAGGUGUUGCUGUAAUCCCCUUGUGUAAAACAUACGUUCCAAUUGCAUUCUUAGCAGCUUGCUUUGGUAUGUUUUCCGCAGCGACUGAAGCUCUUGUUUCCAUAGUUGUUAUUGAUAUUGUUGGACUGGAACAUUUUGAUAAUGCCUUCGGUGUCAUCAUGCUCAUGGAGGGAUUAGCCAACUUAAUCGGACCACCCUUUGCAGGGUGGCUGUGCGACAUAUCGGGUGGUUACGACAUGACCUUCUACGCUGCUGGUUUUAGCAUAAGUGUAUCUGCAUGUAUAUAUCUGCUAUUACCACUGUUCAAAAAGAGAAAUAACGGUAAAGAAAAUAAAUGAAUGUCUAUUCUUCUACAUAACUUUAACCAUGAAACGAAUCAAAGGUUGUUGUUGUUUGUUUUUGUUUUUUUUUUCAAAUCACGCACUUUGUUAAAAAUCAGU